AAAACGACUGGUCGUACGUCUAUUGCUGUUUUUGUUGGACGGUCGUCGUUGUCGACUUGGAAAGUCCGGAAAGAAAUGCCUGAAAAAAUGACGAAUCUUUACACUCAACUAAGCCCUGAUGGGCCCCAGGCUGGUAGUGGACUUGUAGGGGGCCAUGCAGACCUUCCUCCAUUAAAUUUAUUCGAAAGAGAAGCAAAUGAAGUCAGAAAUCACCGUGUCAAUUGGCAGUCAUAUCUUCAGGGCCAGAUGAUUUCACAGGAGGACUUUGCCUUCAUCAAGGACUACGAUCUCGCUGGACCUGAAAGGAGGGAUCAACUAAUCCAGGCUCUGGGCCCCCUCUGUGCCAAGACCCUGGUCCGUCUCAUGGGGCGUAUUGCCAAGGAGAUGACAGUUCGGUACAUCCUCACCUUAGUGGAUGACAUGCUGAAGGAAAAGCCAGAGCGGGUUUCAGUGUUUGCUGAGCAGGGCAGGAAGAGCAAGACGAGUCCAUGGGUCCCAUUCCUCACAUUACUCAACAGAGAGGACCAGUUUGCUACCACACAGUCUUGCCGAAUCGUAGCCAAACUUGCCACAUACGGCAAAGAUCGUAUGAACUCCAGCGAUCUCAAGUUCUUCUUUAAUUGGAUCCGCAAUCAACUGACGACACAGAACAAUGAGUACAUUCAGACCGUGGCCAUGUGUCUGCAACAGAUGCUCAAAUACAACGAGUACAGGGUCGGCUUCAUGGCAAAUGAUGGAAUCAGCACGUUGAUUCUUGUGUUAUCAGGAAAGGUGAGCUUCCAGAUUCAAUACCAGCUAAUCUUUUGUAUCUGGAUGGUGUCUUUCAACUCAUCCCUGUGUGCACAGAUAAACAAGUACAAGAUUGUUCCAGUUUUGGCUGAUAUCCUAAGUGAAAGUGUGAAGGAGAAAGUGACAAGAAUCAUCUUGGCCGUCUUCAGGAAUCUGGUUGAGAAACCUGAAGAGAAGGAGGUCACGCAGGAGAAUGCUCUGUCUAUGAUCCAGUGUAAGGUCCUGAAGCAGCUUGAAGUCCUGGAAGGACAGAAGAUAGAGGAUCCAGACAUUACCGAAGAUAUUGAAUACUUGAAUGAGAACCUGCACAACAGCAUGCAAGAUCUCAGUUCGUUUGAUGAGUAUUCUACUGAAGUGAAGUCUGGUCGUUUAGAGUGGAGUCCUGUUCACAAGAGCGAGAAGUUCUGGAGAGAGAAUGCUGCCAGGCUGAAUGAGAAGAACUAUGAGCUACUCAAGAUAUUGACGAGAUUGUUAGAGAGUUCUAAAGACCCUCUUAUCCUGUGUGUCAGUGCCCAUGAUAUAGGAGAGUAUGUCAGACACUACCCCAGAGGGAAAAAUGUGAUAGAACAACUAGGAGGCAAGCAUCUUGUUAUGCAGUACAUGACCCAUGAAGAUCCCAACGUUAGGUAUGAAGCACUGCUUGCCGUACAGAAACUCAUGGUUCAUAAUUGGGAGUACCUAGGAAGGCAGCUUGUCCAGCAAGAGGCAAGCUAGGAGGAGCCUCGUGGGCAUUCUGAUAUCAACAAUCAGCAACUCUGUUAUAAAACUGGUAACCAGAGCACUCUCAUAUGAACCUCGGGCCUGUUUCAUAAAGAGUUAUGGUACCUUUGCAGUCAUGGCAACUACCAUGGUAUCAUUGCUCAACAGCCAAUCACAACCAAGGAUUCCAUGAUAGUUACCAUAGUUGUUAUUCUUUGUGAAACCAGCCCCUUGUCAUCACUGAGGAGUUGUCAUUCUCUGAUGGUUGCCAUAGUAACCAUUAGAAUCCAGUAUUUCUCAGCCCA